AUGGUCAACGUCGUAUUAGGUUCCCAAUGGGGGGAUGAAGGUAAGGGUAAAUUAGUUGAUCUUCUAGUUAGCAACUACGAUAUUGUUGCCCGUUGUGCCGGUGGUAAUAACGCAGGUCACACCAUCGUUGUCGGUGGGGUCAAGUAUGAUUUCCACAUGCUACCUUCUGGGUUAGUCAAUCCUAAUUGUCAAAACUUACUAGGGAACGGUGUCGUCAUUCAUGUCCCCUCCUUCUUUAAGGAAUUGGAAACUUUAGAAGCCAAAGGUUUAAAAGGUUGUAGAGAAAGAUUAUUUGUCUCUUCGAGAGCUCAUUUAGUCUUCGAUUUCCAUCAAGUUACUGAUAAGUUGAGAGAGAAUGAAUUAUCAGGUCGUUCUAAGGAUGGGAAGAACAUUGGGACCACUGGUAAAGGUAUUGGUCCAACUUAUUCGACAAAGGCCUCUAGAUCUGGGUUAAGAGUGCAUCAUUUAGUUAAUGAUAAUCCAGGUGCAUGGGAUGCCUUUGUUGUCAAAUACAAGAGAUUAUUGGAAACAAGAAAGCAAAGAUAUGGUGAUUUUGAAUAUGAUGUUGAUGCCAAAUUGGCUGAAUACAAGAAGUACAGAGACGCCUUGAAACCAUUCGUCGUAGAUUCUGUCGUGUUCAUGCAUAAAGCCAUUGAACAAAAUAAGAAAAUCUUGGUGGAAGGUGCUAAUGCUCUUAUGUUGGAUAUUGAUUUUGGUACUUAUCCAUACGUUACUUCUUCCAGUACCGGUAUUGGUGGUGUAGUCACUGGGCUAGGUAUUCCUCCACGUACUAUUGACAAAGUAUAUGGUGUCGUUAAGGCCUAUACCACUCGUGUUGGAGAAGGUCCAUUUCCUACAGAACAAUUAAAUCCAGAUGGUGAAAAAUUGCAGACCAUUGGUGCCGAAUUUGGUGUUACCACUGGUCGUAAACGUCGUUGCGGUUGGUUAGAUCUUGUUGUCUUGAAGUACUCAAGUUUAAUCAAUGGUUAUACCAGUUUAAACAUUACCAAAUUGGAUGUUCUUGAUUCAUUUAAGGAAAUUCCUGUUGGUAUUUCUUACUCUAUUAAGGGUAAGAAAUUAGAUUUGUUCCCAGAAGAUUUAAUGACUUUGGGUGAAGUGGAUGUGGAAUAUGUUACUCUACCUGGUUGGGAUCAAGAUAUUACAAAGAUUACUGAAUUUGAUCAAUUGCCCGAAAAUGCCAAAAAAUAUUUGAAAUUUAUUGAAGAUUUCGUUGGUAUUCCAGUGGAAUGGGUUGGUACUGGCCCAGCAAGAGAAAGCAUGCUACAUAAGGAUAUUUGA